AUGGCACCCGUCCAACUCCCCAUGUACGAGGAAGAGUUCUACCCCGUCGACACGACCAAGGGCCCUGUCCUCGUCUCCUCGAGCCUGCUGCCGAUCCCUCGACCAGUGCGUCCGCCGCAGUGCCUCGGCGCCGCGACGGCUUCAUGGCCGUCCACCACCAGCACCAGCCCAGCCACGCCUGACGCCGACUCGGCGCAGCCGACGACGGACCUGCCUCCCGCAUAUCUCGGCCAAGGUCCUGACGCCCCCGCCGUAGCACAUGGAGGCAGCGCGUCUUGGACGCACCAUGGCUGCUGCUAUUCCGACACGAGGUGCUGCGAGCCGACGCAGCCGGAGAGUUUGUCGCCCGCGCUUUCCGACGGGCCGCUGGACGGUCAGGCGCAAGAAGGAGCCGUGGCCAGGCCGGAGUGGCCGUGCGACGACAGAAGCGUGUGCGGCGCGGCGCGGGGAAGCACAACGAGCUGGAGCCGGCAGAUGUCGACGGCGGAAGAGGCGCAGCCAGUUCCAUCUUACAUGAAGCCCAACGCCAUCAUGGCGCGGGCCUUGCUGCUCAAGUGCGAUCUGCCGAGCAUAGGUCCAUCACGGGGCGCCGGGCCAGGACGGAGCGUGGGUCGAGGCUGUGCGACGCGAGGACACGCUGGCGUUUCCGGUGCCGGCAUGCCAGAGAGUGCGUUUCGAUGA